ACUUAUUCAUUUUCUCUAUAUAUUGUCUGUUUUCUUUUCUCAUUGAGUCCUUCCAACACAGUGGGGGUGGUGAUAUAAUCAUCACCUCUACGUCCCCAUUUGGCUUUAAUUUGUAUCAAUAUGGCAAUAGCACAGAACUGCCAUCAAUGGCUAACCCUACUUGUCUGUGCUGCAUUGCUUGUACUGCAAACUAAAGCUAAUUUUUAUCCUUUAAUAUUUCCUGAAAAGGCCAAGGCUAUGGGAGCUGUUUGUCUUGAUGGAAGCCCCCCUGCAUACCAUUUCGUAGAAGGUACCGUGGAAAACAAAGAUAAUUGGUUGAUUUACAUGGAGGGCGGAGCAUGGUGCGAGAGUAUAGAGGAAUGCAAAUUGCGUACACUGGAACACAAGGGUUCAUCCAAACAUAUGAUGAUGAACCCUUUCUUCCCUGGGGAUUAUGACUUUGGAUUUUAUGGCAUUCUAAACCGCGAUCCAGCAUAUAAUCCUUCUGAAUUUGUCAACUGGAACUUGGUCGUCAUAAGAUAUUGUGAUGGAUCCUCAUUUACCGGAGAUGUUGAAGAGCCAGUUGAUAACCUUUACUUCAGAGGUAAAAGGAUCUUUAAUGUGAUAACGGAUGAAUUAUUGAACAAGGGAUUGAAGAAUGCUAAACAGGUAUUUCUUACUGGUGGUUCUGCUGGAGCAGUAUCUGUAGCAUUGCAUUGUGAUCGUUUUCGUAAGCUCCUGCCAAACACUCGGAGAUUCAAAUGCCUUAUGGAUGGUGGCUAUUUUAUCCACGUGAAAAAAGAUAAUCCCAAACAAGUCGAAGGAUUUGAAUUAACGUUCAAGAAUGUUGUUUCUCUACACAAUUCUACUGGGAUGCUACCUCAGACAUGCACUCAGAAAAUGAAAGAUAAGCCAUAUCUUUGCAUGUUCCCACAAUACUUGAUGGAUGGUAUGAAGACCCCAAUGUUCAUUUUGAUGUCGUCAUAUGAUAAACAUCAGAUAAAUAUUUCGAUGCAUGAGAGUUUUGUCGCGGCCAACAGAACCAUUAGAGAGCACGUACAGUUGGCUACACCUAUAUAUGAAGGCCUGAAAGGUUUCAGAUUGCAACUAUUGGAUGCGUUGCCCAACAAACCAUCAGUUGGAAUCUUCAUCAAUAACUGCUUCUUUCAUACAGAGAUUGCCACUGGUUAUUGGGCUAACCCUAAUAGCCAAGUGAACAAUGUGCUUGAUUCGAAGGCAAUAAGCGAUUGGUACUUUUACGGAAAAGAAGUGAAUUUAAUUGACAAAAGUGAGUUCAUAAAGGACUGCUAUACAAAUGGAUACUACUCUUCUUGAUGAUAGAUGUAGGUGGAAAACAAGCAAUAUUGUAUGGAUGAAAGCAACAAGUUAAUGUUGUCGAGAGAAGUUGUGUAGUUGUACUUUGUUCACAAUUACUAAAUACAACAAACACUUUUCCAUUCCCA